CCACUCCGCCCCUGGCGGAGGAAGUGAGAUCAGAGGCCCCAUGUGAGCGGAUUGCAACACAUGCAGCUGCCUGGAGAGAGGGAGCCGGUGUCCUACGUCAGAGCCGCCGCCGCCGCGGAGCCGCCGCCGGGGAGGAGCAGCCGCUACCGCCCAGGACUGGGCCCUUAGGGAGGAGGAGGCGAGAAGAUGGCGGACGACCCCAGUGCUGCCGAUAGGAACGUGGAGAUCUGGAAGAUCAAGAAGCUCAUUAAGAGCUUGGAGGCGGCCCGCGGCAAUGGCACGAGCAUGAUAUCGCUGAUCAUUCCUCCCAAAGACCAGAUUUCACGAGUGGCAAAAAUGUUAGCAGACGAGUUUGGAACUGCGUCUAACAUUAAGUCACGAGUAAACCGCCUUUCAGUCCUGGGAGCCAUCACAUCUGUACAACAGAGACUCAAACUUUAUAACAAAGUACCUCCAAAUGGUCUGGUUGUUUACUGUGGAACAAUUGUAACAGAAGAAGGAAAGGAAAAGAAAGUCAACAUUGACUUUGAACCUUUCAAACCAAUUAAUACAUCCUUGUAUUUGUGCGACAACAAGUUUCAUACAGAGGCUCUUACAGCAUUACUUUCAGAUGACAGCAAGUUUGGUUUUAUUGUAAUAGACGGCAGUGGUGCUCUUUUUGGCACGCUCCAAGGAAACACCAGAGAAGUCCUGCACAAAUUCACUGUGGAUCUCCCAAAGAAACACGGCAGAGGAGGUCAAUCAGCCUUGCGUUUUGCCCGUUUAAGAAUGGAAAAGCGACAUAACUAUGUUCGGAAAGUAGCAGAGACUGCUGUGCAGCUGUUUAUUUCUGGAGACAAAGUGAAUGUGGCGGGUCUGGUUUUAGCUGGAUCAGCUGACUUUAAAACUGAACUAAGUCAAUCUGACAUGUUUGAUCAGAGGUUGCAAUCAAAAGUUUUAAAAUUAGUUGAUAUAUCCUAUGGAGGUGAAAAUGGAUUCAACCAAGCCAUUGAAUUAUCUACUGAAGUUCUCUCCAACGUGAAGUUCAUCCAAGAGAAGAAAUUAAUAGGGCGAUACUUUGAUGAAAUUAGCCAGGACACGGGCAAGUACUGUUUUGGAGUUGAAGAUACACUAAAGGCUUUGGAAAUGGGAGCUGUAGAGAUUCUAAUAGUCUAUGAAAAUCUGGAUAUAAUGAGAUAUGUUCUUCAUUGCCAAGGCACAGAAGAGGAGAAAAUUCUCUAUUUAACUCCGGAACAAGAGAAGGAUAAAUCUCACUUCACAGACAAAGAGACUGGACAGGAGCAUGAACUGAUUGAGAGCAUGCCCCUCUUGGAAUGGUUUGCUAACAACUAUAAAAAAUUUGGAGCUACACUAGAAAUUGUUACUGAUAAAUCACAAGAAGGAUCACAGUUUGUGAAAGGAUUUGGUGGAAUUGGAGGUAUCUUGCGGUACCGAGUAGAUUUCCAGGGAAUGGAAUAUCAAGGAGGAGACGAUGAAUUUUUUGACCUUGAUGACUACUAGGUAGUCGACAUGGGUCCGGCAAAAUGUGCCUCACCCUCCAGCAUUCAACCCAAGGAGCAUACCCGUGGUGGAAUCCAAACAGAUCCCUGCCUUACAAUUGGAACAUUUCCAGAACUUAAUCCGUGAGCAUUGGAUACUGAAAAGAAAAGCGAAACAAAACAGACCCAACCUUACACUUUGGUUUGUCAUGGUGUCAGCAGCGCAGCCUACAACUAAGUUCCUAAAUGCCACUUCGGACUAAUUUAACAAAGAAUCCCAGUUUUUACUUUUACUUGAUGGUAAAAUUGGUUGCUCUUGUAUUUUAUGAAAAAAAAAUGAUUUUUUUAACCUUCAUACAUAGAAGCAAAAAUACUUUAACUGCUGUAAACCUUCAAAAAUUAGUAGAAGUGAGAUCAUACUGGUUUGUUUAUUUUGAUCGGAGAAUAAGUAAAUUGCUGCAUUUCGCAGUGACCCAUUUACAUGGCAUCCUCAGCUUAGACUGCACAAGAAGAAAUACAUGCGGUGAAACAUUGGAACUGUUUCUCUCUUGGUCUCUGUUUAAUGUUGAAAGGGUGAGCUAAUAGGCAAUUUCAGCUUCACUCCCUCAGUUUCCCACUCCCAGACUGUCUGUUCCGAGGGUGCAGGUUGCAUAGCAAAGUCAGACUGAGUGCUGUGACCCUGGGGCCAGUGCACUCUCGACUUCCGUCUAUUUGGAGGCGCAUUUGGGCCAAGCAUUUGGGAGCCCUUUGGGUCACUAACAUUAAUGACGCUCCCUGUAAUCUCAGCCUCCUAGAAACCAGUUUGGAAUGGACAUGAUGGGGCUUCUGUGCUAUUGCUGGGAUUGGGAGAAAUAAAACAUGCAAUUUAAGUGGAACCC